GACCACUCUUGCUGUUCCCAACUAUUUACCAAAUACCAGCAAGAGGAUGAAAGAAUCAUCUCGGACUGAGAAAGAGAGUAAACACAAAUCGAGCAAGAAGAAACACCGAUCAAAACAUAAGGAGAAACGCGAUCGGACCGAGAAGGAGGAGGAGGAGUCUGAUGAGUGGGUCGAAAAAGAACAGCCAUCGGAACAUGUUACCAAGUCGCCCCCAAUCAUCCCUAAACCUAAACAUUUCACUCCAAACGAUGGUCAAGAUAACGAGAACAAGGAGACGAGAUCUUCAGGACGGGAGAGUUGGAUGAUAUCCAAGAACGGAUCAACAGGCGAACAGGGUACUCAGGAAGACGACUUUCUAAGUGGCCUGGGUACAUUGGUUAGCUCGAGAGUCAACAAGGAGAAAGAAGAUCAAGCAAAGGCCAAAGAAAAUGACUCACUUCGCCAGUCUUCUAGCUCUAUCAAACGCCUCGGAGCAGACGAUCCGGAUUACCAACCCAAUGCCCAACCUUCUCAAACGCCAGUCAUCCCAGGAGGACCCGGUUAUCAGUGGAGAUUGACAAAGCUAAAGCGAACUUUUGAUACAGCUAAAGAGGAGAAUCGGCCUAUUGAGGAAGUAGCUCUUGAAAGAUAUGGGUCGCUAGAAGCCUGGGAACAAGCCAACGAAGAACGUCGGAUCGUCGAGGAUCGUCGGAGCAAUUCUGGCCACGAGAGUGGGCGUAGUACACCUCGCCAGGAUUCCUCGUCCUAUGAGCGCCGAUACAUGUUCACCAACCAUGAGGGACACGGUAGUAGUAGUCGGCCAAACAGUCGUGCUGGCUUUCGCAAACCUAACUCUGUCCUGAAUACUCCGGAAGGUGGCCGUUUGACGACCAACAAACGCGUGGAUGAGAUCCGAGUUGGCCCUUCAACUUCCAAUCCCGUCUCACCUUCACCAUCUGGCCCAUCAACCCCCAUCCCUUCUGUCAUCAAUCCCCUUGCGAAUCGAGCAUCACAUGCUGGGACAACUAAGCCUCCAACGAACACAACCACGCUCAAUAAGCUUCAGGCCAGCAUACUCAAAGCUAAAAUGAUGAAUCCAGAAGCUGUCCCCGAGCUUGAAAAACAGUAUCAAGAAGCACUAGAUUCUCAAAAACACGAUUCAUCGUCUCAACCAACAGUAGAACUAAUCCCGUCCCUCGACGGAAGAGGAAGGAUGUAUGACAUUGGUGCUGGGAUCGAGUCUGAAGAGGCUACCUCAUCGAAGCCGGGAAACAAGAGGAAAAAGGAGGCCAAGUUCGAAACGCGUGAUCCGAAGACUGGAGAGCUGUUGAGAUUCAAUGCAGAUGAUGAUCAAAUCAGUUUAGGUCAAAUGGUCAGACAAGAGAAACUUCAAGCAGGCGCCGCUGACCAGAAAGAUUUUGAUGUCGAAAUGGCCUCAAGGAUUAUGGGUGAUGCGAAAUUCGAAAAUGAUCUUGAUUAUAUGGAUGAUAAUGCCGAUCGAUUGGCAAGGAAGAAAAUGAAAACGGACGCAUCGAAGCGAUUAUUCGCCAUCAAUGACUAUGCACGAACGAGAAAAGCGCUAGAAAGUUGCGAGUUUUGUUUCAAGGACGACGGAUCACCGCCGUCGAAUUUAGGGAUAAUCUCGAGUGGGACAAAAGUGUAUUUGAGUUGUACUCAAUUCGAAGAACUCGUCGAGGGGCAUUGUUGGAUCGUUCCCAUGCAACAUUGUCUUUCCACUUUGGAACUUGAUGAUGACGUGUGGGAUGAGAUUAGAAACUACAUGAAAUGUUUGAUGAGGAUGUUCUCAGAAAAACACGAUAAAGGGGUUGUUUUUUAUGAGACAGUUUUGAGCUUUAAACAUCAGCUGCAUACCUUUAUUGAAGUAGUCCCAAUUCCAUGGGAUUUAUUUAAUGAUAUACCUGCUUAUUUUCGGGAAUCCAUCAACUCGUGUGAAUCAGAAUGGUCUCAACACAAAAAGCUGAUCAAUUUUAGCGAUAGGCCGGGUGGUUUCCGAAAGGUCGAUGGUCUCCAAACUACCGUACUUUAUGAUCCAAUGAGAUUACAAGGGCGAAAAGGGCUUCGGACAUGUGAUUGAAGGCAAUGAUGAGCAAGUCGCUUCUAAGGGCGAUACUGGAGCAGAGGAAGAUUACACUUCGAUUGUGGAUGAUGGGUUAAAAGGAAGCAAAUUUCCCAGAUACUUUGCAGCCGAGAUCAUCGGGAAUCUGUUAGAAUUAGAACCCCACAAGUGGAGGAGACCUAAACGGAUUGGCAAUCAUCAUCAUCAUCAUAAAAAUCAUCAUGAACGCAGUAAGAAUAAUAAUGGUUCUAGUAGUGGGAGUAGUAACAAUACUUUGUCAGGUUUGAAUCGGACUCGAGUUGAUAAGUUUUUGAAUCAGUUGGGAUAUUCUAAGUUUGAUUGGAUCGGUCUGUUGUAAUCAUCCACUUUUUUUUUUUUUCAUGGAUGAAUCGUUCCUCUUGGGAUUUUGUGUUUUGGUUGAUCAUGUAAAGUAUUUCUUCGAUCAAGUCAUUCAUGUAAAAGAUUGUUCAGUUCAGUAUAUGCCUUUACCAUCAAUGCAGUUUCUCGUUAGUUGGUCAAAGCCACACGGCGAUACUUCUAGAGCUGUCUCCAGUUCCUCCUAGGCGCUUCGUUGGGUUUGAACUUU